UCGUGUGCCAAGAAGAACGUCAGCCUCCAAUAUGAGCGACAGUCUUCCAGCCACUCUCUUCCUGACAGGGAUCCCAGGGCUGGAGUUUGCCCAUCUCUGGAUUGCCAUCCCUUUCUGUGUCAUGUAUCUGACAGCACUGCUUGGUAAUGCUGCCCUCAUCCUUGUCAUUGGGACAGAGAGUGCUCUUCAUGCUCCCAUGUACCUCUUCCUCUGCCUUCUCUCACUCACUGACCUGGCUCUCAGCUCUACUACUGUACCAAAAAUGCUGGCCAUUCUGUGGCUCCAUGCUAAUGAGAUUUCCUUUGGUGAAUGCCUAGCCCAGAUGUUUUGUGUCCAUUCUAUCUAUGCUCUAGAGUCCUCAGUUCUCCUUGCCAUGGCCUUUGAUCGAUAUGUGGCCAUCUGCAACCCACUAAGAUACACAACCAUUCUCAACCAUACUGUCAUAGGCCAAAUUGUCUUUGCUGGGAUAGUUCGAAGUGUGGCUAUUGUGUCCCCCUUUAUCUUUUUGCUGAAGCGACUUCCCUACUGUGGUCACCAUGUCAUGGCUCACACAUACUGUGAGCAUAUGGGCAUUGCUAGGCUUGCCUGUGCCAACAUCACUGUCAACAUUGUCUAUGGACUGACUGUGGCUCUGCUGGCCAUGGGCCUGGAUUCAGUCCUCAUUGCCAUCUCCUAUGGCUUUAUCCUCCGGGCUGUCUUUCGUCUUCCAUCCCGUGAUGCUCAACACAAGGCUCUGAGUACCUGUGGCUCUCACCUUGGUGUCAUCUUGGUUUUCUAUAUACCUGCCUUUUUUUCCUUCCUCACCCACCGUUUUGGUCACAACCGAGUUCCCAAGCAUGUGCACAUCUUCCUGGCUAACCUCUAUGUGCUGGUGCCUCCUGUGCUCAAUCCCAUUAUCUAUGGAGCAAGAACCAAGGAGAUUCGGAGUCGGCUUGUAAGACUGCUUCACUUGGGGAAGAACUUGGUGUGAAGUCUUAGCAGGGGUUGGAAAUAA